AUGGACGCGCCGCGGGGCAUCGGCACCUUCGUGGUGUGGGACUACGUGGUGUUCGCCGCGAUGCUGCUCAUCUCCGCCGCCAUCGGCAUCUACUACGCCUUCGUGGGGGGCGGCCAGCAGACCUCCAAGGACUUCUUGAUGGGCGGCCGCAGCAUGACAGCCGUGCCCGUGGCGCUGUCCCUCACCGCCAGCUUCAUGUCGGCCGUCACCGUCCUGGGCACCCCCUCGGAGGUCUACCGUUUUGGGGCCAUAUUCAGCAUCUUUGCCAUCACUUACUUCUUCGUGGUGGCCAUCAGCGCGGAGGUCUUCCUCCCGGUGUUCUACAAACUGGGAAUUACCAGCACCUACGAGUAUUUAGAGCUUCGAUUUAACAAAUGUGUUCGUCUCUGUGGAACAGUCCUCUUCAUUGUUCUAACGAUUCUCUAUACUGGAAUUGUUAUUUAUGCCCCUGCCCUGGCUUUGAAUCAAGUCACAGGAUUUGAUCUGUGGGGUGCAGUAGUGGCGACAGGUGUGGUCUGCACAUUCUACUGCACACUGGGUGGUCUUAAAGCAGUUGUCUGGACAGAUGUUUUUCAAGUUGGGAUCAUGGUAGCUGGAUUUGCAUCUGUGAUUAUACAGGCUGUAGUGAUUCAAGGUGGGAUCAGCACUAUUCUAAAUGAUGCCUAUAAUGGUGGAAGAUUGAACUUCUGGAAUUUUAAUCCUAACCCUUUGCAAAGACAUACAUUCUGGACAAUUGUUAUAGGAGGGACCUUCACAUGGACCAGCAUCUAUGGUGUCAACCAAUCCCAAGUGCAGAGAUAUAUUGCCUGUAAAAGCAGAUUCCAGGCAAAAAUGUCUCUCUACAUCAAUCUUCUGGGACUCUGGGCAAUCCUCACCUGCUCAGUGCUUUGUGGGCUCGCCCUAUAUUCCAGGUACCAUGACUGUGAUCCUUGGACAGCCAAGAAAGUGUCUGCACCAGACCAGCUCAUGCCUUAUUUGGUACUGGACAUUCUACAAGAUUAUCCGGGUCUUCCUGGACUUUUUGUGGCCUGUGCUUACAGUGGAACAUUAAGCACAGUGUCCUCCAGUAUUAAUGCCUUAGCAGCAGUAACUGUGGAAGAUCUAGUUAAACCUCACUUCAGAUCACUCUCAGAAAGGUCUCUCUCUUGGAUUUCCCAAGGACUGAGUGUGAUGUUUGGAGCUCUGUGUAUUGGAAUGGCUGCACUGGCAUCACUAAUGGGAGCUUUGCUGCAGGCAGCCCUCAGUAUAUUUGGCAUGAUUGGUGGACCACUUCUGGGCUUGUUUGCUUUGGGCAUUUUGGUUCCCUUUGCCAACUCAAUUGGAGCACUUGCUGGUCUUCUGGCUGGAUUUGUUGUUUCUUUGUGGGUAGGAAUUGGAGCACAACUGUAUCCUCCACUGCCUGAGAGAACUAUGCCACUAAGCCUUGAAACCUAUGGCUGUAACAGCACAUACAAUGUGACAAAUUGGGUGACAACCACAGAAAUGCCAUUUUCUACUAGUGCUUUUCAAGUAUAUGGUGCUGAAAGGACUCCACUGAUGGAUAACUGGUAUUCUUUAUCAUAUCUCUACCUCAGCACUCUUGGAACUUUGGUAACAUUAUUCAUGGGAAUGCUAAUCAGUUUACCAACAGGAGGAAGAAAACAAAACUUAGACCGCAGAUUCCUACUAACCAAAGAGGACUUUCUUUCCAAUUUUGACAUUUUUAAGAAAAAGAAGCAUACUUUAAGCUAUAAAUCUCAUCCGAUAGAAGAUGGUGGAACUGAUAACCCUGCCUUCAACCAUAUUGAAUUGAACUUCACAGACCAAAGUGGCAAGAUCAAUGGGACUCGUUUGUGA